AUGAGUCUGUUCCACGUGCUAGGGUUUUGUCUGAAGAUUGGGCAGCUCUUCUGGAUGCUAUGCUGCUGGUUCCUUUCCUGGUUCGUUGAUGCCGACAAGUCUCCUCUUCCCGUCGGCUCUGUCGGUGAUCCUGACAAGACUAAGAUGAAGAAUCAUAACAUGUGCUUCUUCUGGAACAAGAUCUCCACAAGCGGACUCAAGAUCCCGAGUUUCUCUCAUCAUCUCUUUGGCUCCGUUAGAUUCGGCAAGACUUUUUGGAGGAAGGUGCUGGUUGCUUGGGUCGUCUCCUCGGUUUUUAUUUCUUUCUGGACUUUCUGGUGCCUUAGCUCUCAAGCUAUGGACAAGAGGAAAGAGACGCUUGCUAGUAUGUGCGAUGAGAGAGCUCGUAUGCUCCAGGAUCAGUUCAACGUCAGCAUGAAUCAUGUUCAAGCCAUGUCUAUCUUGAUCUCCACCUUCCACCAUGCCAAGUUUCCUUCUGCCAUCGAUCAGAGGACGUUCUCGGAGUACACUGAUAGAACUUCCUUUGAGAGGCCUCUCACGAGCGGGGUCGCAUACGCUGUGAGAGUGCUCCACUCAGAGAGGCAAGACUUUGAGAGGCAGCAAGGUUGGACUAUUAGGAGGAUGGAUUCACUUGAACAGAACCCUGUUCACAAGGAUGACUAUGACACAGAAGCUUUGGAACCAUCCCCUGUUCAAGAGGAGUAUGCUCCUGUCAUCUUUGCUCAGGACACGGUUUCCCACGUUAUUUCUCUCGAUAUGCUGUCCGGGAAAGAAGAUCGUGAAAACGUGUUGCGGGCCAGGAGAUCAGGUAAAGGGGUUUUGACAGCUCCUUUCCCACUGAUAAAGACGAAUAGACUUGGGGUGAUCUUGACGUUUGCUGUAUACAAGAGAGAUCUCCCUUCCAAUGCGACGCCAAAAGAGAGAAUCGAGGCUACUAACGGGUAUCUUGGUGGAGUGUUUGACAUUGAAACCUUGGUGGAAAACUUGCUUCAGCAGCUGGCUAGCAAGCAAACGAUUCUUGUCAAUGUAUACGAUACCACCAACCACUCUCAGCCCAUUAGCAUGUAUGGUUCUGAUGUGUCGGCUGAUGCGUUGGAACAUGUUAGUCCACUAAACUUUGGCGAUCCAUUUAGAAAGCAUGAAAUGCGUUGCAGGUUUAAGCAGAAACCACCAUGGCCAGUGCAAUCGAUGGUGACAUCUUUUGGUAUCCUUGUGAUUGCGUUGCUUGUUGCACAUAUAUUCCAUGCAACCUUGAGUCGAAUACGCAGAGCAGAAGAAGAUUGUCAUAAAAUGGAGCUGCUCAAGAAAAAGGCUGAAGCAGCAGAUGUCGCCAAGUCACAGUUCCUCGCCACUGUAUCACAUGAAAUCAGAACUCCAAUGAAUGGUGUUCUUGGAAUGCUCCAUAUGCUUAUGGACACAGAGUUAGAUGUUACACAACAGGAUUACGUUAGGACCGCACAGGCAAGUGGGAAAGCUUUAGUCUCGCUAAUAAACGAGGUUCUGGAUCAAGCAAAGAUCGAAUCUGGAAAGGUUGAGCUUGAGGAGGUGCGGUUUGAUUUGAGAGGAAUAUUAGACGAUGUCCUGUCACUCUUCUCUGGCAAGUCCCAAGAAAAAGGGCUAGAGUUGGCAGUAUACAUAUCUGACCGUGUUCCAGAAAUGUUAAUUGGGGAUCCUGGAAGGUUUCGACAAAUACUCACAAAUCUUAUGGGUAAUUCCAUUAAGUUCACUGAGAAAGGACACAUCUUCGUAACGGUUCAUUUGGUGGAGGAGGUACUAGACUCUAGUGAUGUAGAGACAUUAGAAAACACACUGAGCGGGCUUCCAGUUGCAGACCGGCAGAGAAGCUGGCAAAACUUCAAAGCUUUCAGCUCCAAUGGACAUAGGGGCUUAGCACCAGCACCAUCUGAAAUCAACCUAAUCGUCUCAGUUGAGGAUACUGGCGUAGGGAUCCCUGUAGAAGCUCAGUCACGCAUUUUUACACCGUUCAUGCAAGUUGGACCAUCUAUAUCCAGGACGCAUGGAGGCACAGGGAUCGGGCUCAGCAUAAGCAAGUGUCUAGUAGGACUGAUGAAGGGAGAAAUUGGAUUCUCGAGUACUCCCAAGGUUGGGUCCACGUUCACAUUUACUGCCGUGUUUGCUAAUGGCGUGCAUUCAACUGAAAGAAAGAGUGAACUGCAUAACAAUAAUCAGCCAGAGUUUGAGGGAAUGAAAGCUGUACUUGUGGACCAUAGGCCUGCUAGAGCGCAAGUCUCGUGGUACCAUUUUCAGCGACUAGGAAUCCGAGUUGAGUUAGUUCCAUCUGUUGAUCAGGCUCUACGUUUCAUGAAGACUUGCGCUACCACUGUGAAUAUGAUACUCGUAGAGCAAGAAGUGUGGAAUAAAGAAGCUGAUGUGUUCGUUAAGGAACCUCUUGUCCAUUCUCCUAAACUGUUUUUGUUAGCAAAUUCAAUAGACACCUCAGUAUCAGAUACUUUAAGCAACGUUAUAGACCCUCCAGUGUUGAUAGUGAAGCCAUUAAGGGCGAGUAUGCUGGCAGCAACUUUGCAGAGAGGGUUAGGUAUUGGGAACAGGGAAACUCCUCAACGCAAGGGACCUCCUGCUCUGAUUCUCAGGAAUCUUCUCCUUGGCAGAAAAAUACUAAUUGUGGAUGAUAACAACGUGAACCUCAGAGUGGCAGCAGGAGCUUUGAAAAAGUAUGGAGCUGAUGUGGUCUGCGCUGAGAGCGGGGUAAAGGCAAUCUCAUUGCUUAAGCCACCACACGAGUUUGAUGCUUGCUUCAUGGACAUUCAGAUGCCAGAAAUGGAUGGGUUUGAGGCUACAAGGAGAAUACGGGGUAUGGAAGAGGAAAUGAACAAUGGGAAGGCUUUGACAGAAGAGGAAGGUAAGAGAUCAAGAUGGCAUCUUCCGGUGUUAGCAAUGACUGCUGAUGUGAUUCAAGCAACGCAUGAGGAAUGUCUAAAGUGUGGAAUGGAUGGGUAUGUAUCAAAACCCUUUGAAGCAGAGCAGUUGUAUAGAGAAGUUUCUCGUUUUUUCAAUUCACCUUCAGACACAGAAUCAUAAAGAGGGAAUGGGAUGGAAGAAGAGAAGGGUGAAGGAAUAUUAGAACUAGCGUCUCCUCUGCAUCUUCUUGAAGUAGUAGUAAGCCCAUACAUACAAUUCUCUAGCUUGCCCAUUUCAGUUUCUAGUAAUAAUCCUUUCUGAACUUUCUUGUAGGAAACAAAACGAUUCUACUGUAAAGUUUUUUAUUUUCUUCUCUUCUCUGAUCUGGGAGACCAAAACUGUGUAGAUGAGUUGCAGCUAGAAUCUAUAGAUUCUGACUUGCUUUGGACAGGAGGGAAGGGAGGCAUAGAGUGUGUGUAUGUGUGUGAAUGAUUUAGGAUUCUUAUGUUAGAGACAGUGCAGCUUCUUCAUUAUCAGCGACGUUUACUAUAUAUAUAGAUACGGCUUGUGAUAUGAA